GGGCAUGCUGUUAGUUUUGUGCUGUUUAUCAACAUCGCUCCGGUCGUGUCAAAUACAAGUGCAGAGUCAAAAGUGCGAUUAUCAUCGUUUCGUUUGCCUUCUCGCAGAUUUGAUAGCGAAACCUCAAUUACAUUUAUCAGGUCUAACAGCAGCAUACUUCACAGUAACUAGUUGGAGCCUCCGGCAGCGUUCGACCCUCGUUCAAACAUCAAACAUGACUCGACUGACGGUGAAGAAAAUACCGGCACUGAAGGACAACUUCAUGUACUUGGUCGUAUGCAACGAAACUAAGAAUGCGGCCGUCGUGGAUCCGGUCGAACCGAACCGAGUGUUGCAGGUGGCCAAAGAGUCGGGAGUAACUUUGAACAAAGUGUUAACCACUCACCACCACUGGGAUCAUGCCGGUGGGAAUGCCGAUUUAUUCAAGCACUACCAAGAGAACCCGGCACUGGGCAAAUUGUCCAUUUACGGUGGUAACGACCAGGAGGGCCGUAUACCGAAUCUUACCCACCCGGUCGGUCAGGAUGAUACGCUAGAAAUUGGGAAUCUUAAGGUGCGCUGCAUUUCUACACCUUGCCACACUACAUCCCAUGUUUGCUAUUACAUUGAAACACCGGAGGAUAAGGUGGUCUUUACGGGUGACACGUUGUUUCUUGCUGGUUGCGGUCGGUUUUUCGAAGGCACUCCCCAGCAAAUGUAUGAUGCUUUGAUUGGGAAGCUUUCCGCGUUGCCUGAUGAUACCAAGGUUUACUGUGGACACGAAUACGCUUUGAAUAAUUUGCGUUUUGGAAACACCGUCGAACCGAAUAAUGUUGACAUUGCAGAACUGCUAGCGGUUGCCAAGGCGGCCGAUCUGGAUGGACGUCGCGCUAUGGUGCCUUCGACGAUCGGUCAGGAAAAGAAAACUAAUGUUUUUAUGCGAGUGCACGAGCCAUCCGUGCAACAGUUUGUGGGAAGAGCUACACCGCUGGAUACGAUGCAGGCUCUGCGAGCAGCAAAGGAUAAAUUUUGAAGGAAACUCGCGUAUACGAGUUUGUCAUGUUUCGCAUAAUAUUAUGUUUUUCAUUUUU